GACUACCACAUUGGUUGCGAUCUACACAUGUGGCUUCAAUGUUCCUGCUAAGAGUAACUUGAGCAGCGAUAGAGCUAAAGUUUUUUUCUAGAACGUCUUUUGUCACAUAUCGCAAUGUCGUCGUCUUUUUUCAUUAAGACAAAAGGAAAUCCUAAAACGACCAAGAAAGGCAAAGAAACAGCAGCGGUAAAGCGGAAGGCUGAUGGAGAUUCAGGAGGACAGAGCAAAAUACGAGCAAAGAAAUCCAGCAGCAAAUACAAUGAAGAGAUUUCCAGUGACUCUGAGGUGGAGAGUCCUAACAUGUCCAAGAAAAGGCAGGCCAAAGAGGAGAUUGAGUUUGAGGAAACUCCACAGGAGAAGAAGCUCAGAUUAGCUAAGCUUUACCUUGAACAACUUAAAGAAGAAGAGGAAAAGAAAGUUGAAGAUGAGUCAUUUGAGGCAGAUCUGAUAGCUGGACGGCUUCAAGAAGAAGUGCUUGAACAGAAAGGGAAGCUCCAGCGUCUUAUAGCCAAAGAUCUGAUGCCACCAGAUGCUUCAGAGAUCAGAGUGCUAAGAGGUCACAAACUACCGAUUACGUGUCUGGUUAUAACUCCUGAUGACAGAUGUAUCUUCUCAGCUGCCAAAGACUGCUCCAUAAUCAAAUGGGAUGUUGAAAAUGGGAAGAAGCUCCAUACAAUACAUGGUGGAAGGAAAGGUACAGAAGACCGCCAUGUUGGACACACAACUCACAUCCUGUGUAUGGCUAUAUCAUCAGAUGGGAAAUAUCUGGCCACAGGAGACAUGAACAAUCUGAUAAUGAUUUGGGAGGGAGAAACGUGUAAACAUCUGUAUAAAUUUACAGGACACAAAGGCCCGGUGUCGGGUCUUUCAUUCAGGAAGGGAACUCAUGAUCUGUACAGCGCCUCUCACGACCGCUCAGUCAAGGUGUGGAAUGUAGACGAGAACGCAUACGUGGAAACUCUGUUUGGCCAUCAGGAUGUGAUCACCGGACUGGACAGUCUGAGCCGUGAGCGCUGCGUCACUGCAGGUGGGCGAGACGGCACCGUCAGAGUGUGGAAGAUAGCAGAGGAGUCGCAGCUGGUGUUCCACGGACAUGAAGGUUCGAUUGAUUGUGUCCAGCUCAUAAAUGAGGAGCACAUGAUAACAGGAGCAGAUGACGGCUCAGUGUCUCUUUGGAGUGUCAACAAGAAAAAGCCUCUCGGCACGGUGAAGCAGGCUCACGGCUGCCAUGGCGAUCCGGGGCUGGAGCAGCCUCAUUGGGUGUCCGCAGUGGCAGCACUUCACAAUUCGGAUACAGUAGCCUCAGGUGCCUCUGGCUGCUCUCACAACUCCCAGGUGAAUGUGUGGAAAUGCGGCCAGAACUACCGUGGCCUGCAGCUUCUCUUCAGCGUGCCAGUGUCUGGUUUCAUCAACAGUCUGAAGUUUUCGAGCUCUGGGCAGUUCUUGGUGGCCGGAGUCGGACAGGAGCACAGAUUGGGACGAUGGUGGAGAUUGAAAGAAGCCAAAAAUGGGAUUUAUAUCAUUCCUCUAAAAAGAAAACCAUCAAAUCCAGAAGAAGCAAAACAGACAGAAUAAAGACCUUUUUUGUAAAUUAAAUGUUUAAAACCUACAGUAAAUUCCUGUUUUCUUUGCUUUUAAGCAGUUUGGAAAAACCUGAAGGGUAUUUAUUUAGCCACUAAGUUUUUCAGUAGCUGUUUUUAUGGAAGUGCAGCUUCAUGUUCUGUGAAAAAAUCACAACCUUGUGGGUGAGUUCGACUGCGACGGGGUGGAUGAAAGGUGUGAAGAGGCUGCGUUGUAGGAGCCUUUGCAUUUCCAUCCAUGGUAGCUGCCUCUGUACAGAUUAUUCAGAGUACUAAACAUUAACAUGAUCUCAACGUCCCAGAUUCUUUGUUGAUAGGGAGCAAACUGAUUGCAAUUUUAUCAACUUCAGAUUGAUAGACAAAGAAGUUAAACAUCUGACACCAAUGUCAGAUGUUUAACUGACAUAAAUGUCAGUUGAUGUAGACAUUUGUUUAGUAAAACAAAACAAAUUUCUUAAUUUGUAUUUAGUAAAAAUGUUUUCAGGUUCUUGCUGAUUUGUUGCCUGGCAAGUAUUCACUGAAGACUUGGAGCUGGCCUUUUAGGUGGUGUUCAUGUAAAUGUCAAUCUCCAUUGUGCAGAGGAGUUUCUGCUCUUAGACAUGACACUGAGGUGUUGUUUGUGCCAGAAAGCCCCCUAAAGAUGAGCUGCCUUUUGAUUCUUGUAUUUAAAAAUUCCUGAAUUUCUCCACUGAAUGACAAUAAAAGGUACCUCAAAGCUGUGGUGAUGAACCAAGCAGGAAGCAAAUGCCGUUUCCUCUUAAUACAUUUAAAGGUACUUAAUGGUUUCAAAAAGUCUUUAAUUAGCCUAACUACUGGGUGUGUUCAAAAUAUUAGCAAAGCUUCGCUGACUUAAUUAAGAAUCAUUUUUAACUGAAGGAGGAAGUCAGCUGGUUGUACAUGCAGGUUAUAAUGAAUUCCUCAUCAAAAAUCUAUUAAAGUGCAGAUGUUCAUCUCAAAUGCUUCAAAUUGGUAGAUAAUUUGUGAGAUGUCAUAACCAGAAGAACCUGGAAGAAAACUACAUUUUAAAAAGAUCAAAGAAUAUCCAAAAUGUCAGAUGCAGUCAGUGGUCAGCUCCAGAGUCAUCUAAGAAAAUCUACAGUUACCUUUGGCCCAAAGGUAACUAAGGUAGAUGUAGUUUACGUUACCCAAAGCCUUUGGGCAAUGCAACAACAGGAAGAUGCUUAUCUGAAACCAAAAUAUUGGCCAAGAGUGCCCACAAAGUCAGUGUUAGAAAAACAUGAGGUUAGAAUUUGCUAAGGAAAAACAUUCACGAUAUUGAGGGUAAAUGAAGAUGAGAUUUUUUUGAAUCAGAAUGCAUCCACCACUGUGAAGCAUGGUGGCAUGGGCAUUAUGGAAUGGGAGUGUUUCUCAUAUUAUUUGAUUUUAUACCAGGAGACACUCACAAACUUGAAGAACUGUUGCUUCAUGUUGAAAAAAAAAAUGGCAUUGAAACAAGGCAGUAAUCCUAAAACACACCAAGUUUAACCUUAUGGAGUGGCCAGCCUAGUCACCAGGCCUUCAGCCAAGUAAUUUCUGAGACAAAGAAAUGCAGAGGGAGCAUGGAUUGGAAUAUCUAUGUGCCAGAAACAUGUUAACUCUGUGAAAACAUGCAGAGAAAUUAAAAAAAGAAGUGGUAUAACAGCUAUUAAUUUACAAAUUCACAGAAACUAUAUCCUCAAGCCUUUGUUUAUGCAGUAACGUUUUGAGGAUGUGAGGAAAAAUCCAGAACCUGAUACUUUAGUCUUAUAAUUUAUUUUUGUCUGUUUCUGAGUGGUAACACA